GAAAACUCGUGUAAACUGCCAAUGGCGUCGCCUUUUUGACAUUUCCUGCCUGAGGUUUUUGCGGUUGAGUAACAUUUUUUUGCAUUUUGAGUGGAUUUGUGUGCAAGUGAGUGACCUGGGUGUGUUGGCAAAAUGUCGGCAAUAUACACACAGCAGCAGCAGCAACCGCCACCGCCCCAGAGAGGCCCUCCAGGCGCCCCAAAUCGCGUUGUUCAGCCCCAGCCACCGAGCACGGCGACCAUUCAGAAGAUUCUCGAUGAAAAUUGCAGCCUCAUCCAGAGCAUUCAAGCCUACCAGAAUGAGGGGAAGCAUCAGGAAUGCAUGUCCUACCAGCAGGCACUCCACCGGAAUCUCGUGUACCUCGCCAACUUGGCUGAUUCCACGCAGAACAUCCCGCAAAUUCUUCCGCCACCGCAUAUUCUGCAAUCCCUUCCUCCUGGUCCGGGAAUGCAUCCGGUGCCGCCUGCAAAUGCUCCACCGUCAAUUGGCGGUCCGAUUCCUGCUCCUGGACAUGCUGUGGAAGCCAAUCAGCCGGUAAGUCAGCCAGGUCCUAAUUACAAUGCUCCUCCAGGUGGGCAAAUUCCACCACCUGGACCGCAGCCUCAGGCCCAACAGGGCCAACCACAGCAGCCACAUCAUGCUCCGGCUCCGCCGACUGGUGCUCAGCAGCCUCCGCAGCAGAAUCAACCGCCGCAGCAGAAUCAGCCGCCGCCUCAGCAGCCACCGCAUCAACCUCCCACGACACAGCAAUCUGCCACGCCUGGAGGACGUCCUGGGGCUCCUCCACAGCCUCAGGGGCAAGGACAGCAGCCUCAGCAGGGUCCUCAGCAGCCCCAGCAACAGCCUCCGCCGCCGCAGGCUUAUCCUCGGGCCGGGGCGUAUCAGCAGCAUGCUCAUUACCCUGGAUAUCCGCCUCAGGGGCAGCCCUAUCCGGCUCAGGGGUAUCCAGGACCCAUGUCAUACGGGCCUCCUGGCCAGAACUAUCCUCCCAAUAGCGGAGCUCCUGGAGGGUACCAUCAUGGGGCUCUGCCGCCGACUGUCACGUCUGCAGGGGCUCCGCCGCCGGUCAGUGCUUAUCACAGCUCAUCGCAGCAUCAGGCAGGACCAGGAGGGUAUCCGCCGCCGCCCAAUAGCCAACCAUCGGGGCAGCAGCAACCUCUGUAUGGGCCGCCGGUGUCUCAAGCUCCUCCUGGACAGUAUCCUCCGCCGGCUUCCAGUGGACCGCCGCCCCCGAUGGGCGCCUACUCCUACGGCGGCCAAAGCCCGAGCGCCACGUCCUACGGACAGCCCGGGGCCCAGGGACAAAUGCCACCGGCUCAAGGAGCCUAUCCUCCAGCUCCUGGUCAACAAUCCUAUCCUCCGCAGCAGCAGUAUCAACCCCCGGCUGGAUAUCCGGCUCCACAGCCCCCAAUGGGGCACCCUCAGGCGUCGGCUGGGAAUCAAGGGCCUCCGCCGCCACAAUCAGCAGCUCCGCCCUCAGGAGCCCCUCCAGCGCCACCUGGCGGCAGCUACUCCAACCAGCCGAGUCCUGGCCAGACCCCUUCGCCCAAUUCCAACGGAGCAGCCCCGCCAACAACUCAUCCCGGCCCCAUUGCAGCCCCAGCUCCGCAGCAGAACUACCCUCCGCCCCCAGUGUCCGGGACUCCUCCCAAUCAGCCCUACUCCUCCCCUCCGUCUUCCGUGACGCAAACCACGUACUCCCAGGCCCCGCCCAGCACUUCCUCAUCUCCAGCUCCCACGGGCGCCUACCAGCCUCCCGUGUCCCAGCCCUAUGCCCCACCGCCCGGGGCUCAGCCCUAUUCGGGUCCAGCCGGGGCUCCGGGUCAGUAUCCGCCUCAUGGGUACCAUCAGCAAGCGUAUCCGCCCACUCCGAUGCCCCAGGGUCAAUACCCAGGGCCUCAGGGGUAUCAGUAUCAGAGGCCCGCCGGACAGAUGCCGCCCCCGGGGCCGCAAGGGGCCUACGGGUAUGGCUAUCAGCCGCCGCAGUAGAUGCCGAGGCAUGAGGAGUUGCCAGCGGAACGUUGCAUCACAUUUCUCUGGCUGCAAGAUGAUUUUGAUGAAUGACUGUCCUCUCUAAGGGGGGAGGGGACUAGAAAUGAUGCCCCGCCUAUAAUACUUAUAAACUUUUUUAUUUGUGCAGAAGUGUUUGAAGCCUGGACAUGAGUCUCUGUCUAUCUCAAUUUUACAACUAUCGCUGUAGUAUCUCAAUGUGUCAAUAGAAAGGCAUGUGUCUCAAUGAAAA